AAUUGCAGUAGUUGGGAGAGCUUAUUCGUAAUUUUAACGUUGAGAAAGUAUGCAUCUCAGGAAAGCAGGAAUUCUUUUUCUUUCUUUCGCAUGCUGCUUUUUGUCCUUUGUAGCGACAGUUCGAUUUUCACCACCUAAAUAUUCAGCGUGCCAUAGCAAAGACUUUGGUCAUGGGGGUACUGUCUGUGUGUGUUCUGUUGAGCAUGGCUGCGAUGCCUUCAGCGAGGGAAGUCCUUUGUCAGAGCAAGAGUAUGCCGUUUACACCAGCUCAAAGACAGGCGAUCGUUUCAAUUUAAGGACGGGGAAGGUUAAAAAACCAGGUUUCUCCAGAAAACUACAGCACCCUGCUGAAGUCGAGGUCAAGUUUGUCGUUAAUCAGGAUGAAGUUUUUCAAACUAUACUAGGAAUAGGGGGAGCUUUUACAGAUGCUGCUGGAAUCAACAUAUUAAACAUCAGCUCCACCUUGCAGCAGAAGCUGUUAUCUUCAUACUUUUCUCCAGAUGGCAUUGAGUAUUCCCUUGGGCGUAUUCCUAUGGCCAGCUGCGAUUUUUCUACCUGGCCUUACUCUUACGACGACCAUGAAGGAGAUUUUGAAAUGUCAAACUUUAGCUUGGUCAUGGAAGACUUCAAGCUGAAGAUUCCUUUGUUGUUAUCUGCAUCAAAUAUGAGUAGAAGGACCCUCAAGUUCUUUGGAAGUCCUUGGGCUGCGCCUGCAUGGAUGAAAACCAAUGGCAAGAUGCAAGGGGCUGGAACAUUAAAGGGAGUGGCAGGAGACAAAUAUCAUAAGGCAUGGGCUUUGUACUUUGCAAAGUUCAUCAAGGAGUAUGAAGAAAAUGGGGUGAAAAUCUGGGGAGUUACUGUACAGAAUGAACCUAGCACUGGAUUCAUCCCAUGGUAUGCCUUUCAAACAAUGGGUUACACAAAGGAGAUGGAGAGAGAUUUCAUCAAAGAGGACCUAGGUCCAACCUUGGAGAAGUUUGGCUACUCUGAUGUGAAACUAAUGAUGGUUGACGAUAACCGGAUGUAUGUUGAGCCAUGGGCAGAUACCAUCCUUGGAGAUAAGGAAACAGUUGAAUAUGUUUCUGGCAUUGCAGUUCAUUGGUAUAAUGAGAAUGAUACCUCACCUGAUGUAUUAUCUGCAACGCACAAAAAAUUUCCCAACCACUUUAUUCUAAACACGGAAGCGUGUACUGGCUGGACAGGACCCCCUAGUGAGAGAGGAGUUCACCUUGGUCAGUGGUCUAGAGGAAGUGAUUAUGCACAUAGCAUCAUUGAGAAUUUAUCCCACUGGUCAAGUGGAUGGGUGGAUUGGAACAUAGCUCUUAAUUUGCAAGGAGGACCUAACUGGGUGAAGAACUUUGUUGAUUCCCCAAUUAUUGUAGAUGCAGAAAAUAAAGCCUUCUACAAACAGCCAAUGUUUUAUCAUCUUGGCCACUUCAGCAAAUUCGUUCCACCAGGUUCUCACAGAAUUGAAGUAAACAGCUCUGAAGAAACUUCCUUGGAGUUUAUUUGCUUUGUCACACCAGAGGGCAACACUGUUAUGGUGAUACAAAACACCGAAGGAAGAAAUGUUACCUUUGACAUCACUGAUAAAAAGGGAGCAAUCAUCAGUGAAAUUAUUCCAUCUUUUGCAAUUCAGACUUAUAUUUGGUAAAUCUUUGGCACCAAAAUAACAUCAGUAUGCAUAUUCUCCAUACUGUUCUCUAUAUAUUUCCUUGGGUGCUGACAAGGAGAAUUUGUUUGACAACCAAGAGCUUCUUUUAGUUAGUGAUAAUUUCCCUUAUACCUUUAUGUUUGAUUCAGGGGUGAUAUUUUAAAGAGAUAUUAGAUGUUUGUCUCUUUCAAGGGUCAAGGGUCAAAGAGUUAAGGUCGCUAAACUUAACUAUUCAGGCCCAUGAUGUAGCUAGUUCCUGAAAAUAAUUGGUGAGAGAGAAUAUAAAUCUCUUCAUGUAGAUUAGCCAAAACCUACCAGCAGGACAAGAAAUGUCCCACAGAUUCAAAUGUGUUUUAAUUCAUGGGAAGUUUUGGAGACUUGACCUUUUUAAUGAACUUUGAGAAAGGGUUGGUCCCUGGAGCUGUGGAGAACCUGAUCCCCAUUUUCUGAGCCUAAGAAUACUGGAAAAAAUCAU